CGACAUCAUCAUCUUCAUUUACAUGAGGGGCGGCCGCGGUCAGCAUCAUGACCUAAACCUCUGGCUGUGUCCUCUGCAGAGACCUCGUUGGCUGACAGGGGCGUGCGUCAGCGCCUAUCACCGCUCCGGUAUAACCCUCCUCGAGCCUUUAGGCGGUCACACAGACGCGUGUGUCAGAAGUAGCAGCUCCAACUCUCGGCAUCCUACGAGUGAGUCGGCUCACCGAGCACGAAGAGGACGGCGAGAGAAGCGGUGGGACAUUUACGCACAGCCCCCUUUUGGAUUGUUUUGUUUUGGCGCGUCUGUGAAGACCACCUUGGAUCGUUUUUCACCACAUUCCUUUGCCUCUUUGGAUUCUGUACUCAUCUCGGCGCUUCGAUGGCAGCUCUGAGCUCGAUGGCCUCGCACCUGCUCCUGUUGAUGUUCAACUGUUUCUUGGGCGCCGCGUCGGUCGGGGUCACGAAGGGGGGCGCACGGGACGGCGGCUUUCCCCCGUCGUCGUCGGGGCCAUUCUCGGACGACCAGGAUCAGGACAUGGUCUCCCAGCACAUGUCCAAACUGUACGAGAGAUACAACAGGGAGAACCACCUCAAAGAGGGAAACACUGUGAGGAGUGUCAGAGCCAGCCAAGACUCGUCCGACCACAGGACGGUGUAUCGACUCAACUUUACGAACCUCCAGGAUUCAGAGGUCAUCCUCUCUGCCACAUUCCACUUCCUACUCGAACGGCGGCCUCAUCAAAAGCCCUGGUUCUGCAAACGCUUCCAGAGCCCAUCCUGUCGUCCCUCGGCCAUCCACCCUUCUCCGUCCAUCAGCCUGCUCUUUCGCUCAGUCUCCUCUGGGUCAGAGGUUAGCUCCGGGUCAAUGGGGUCAUUUCUAGGCAACGUGACCUUCCACCCCCACAGGAGAGGGGUGUGGCAGAUGAAAGAUGUGACCCAGGUCAUAAAGGAGGCACGGGACAAGGGUCAACGCCUGGUGUCAGUGGCGUUGGACUUAGGGCAGCACUACCAGAGGAAACCAGAGGAGGCAUUGUCUGCUGGCAACCUGCCCUACCUGUUAGUUUACGCUAAUGACCAAGCCUUGGCGGAGCCCAACAGCGUGGCUGCAAGCCUUCAGCGAUAUGACCCUUUCAACGAGGGAGGAGAGGCCUCACAUUCCUCUCCGCUGCCGCACAGGCCUAACUCCUCGCCAGAGACGAAAGGACGUGUGAGAAGGCAAGCGACUCUGCCCUCUGACCCCAUCCAGAACAAUGAGCUGCCUGAGGUCGAAUACAGGCCUGAUGGAUACAGGAAAGAUGACCUUUGGCAAAGCACUUGGUACCUCAAGCCCAAGCCAAAAUCAGGAAGGACGGAGGAGAAAAGAAAAAGCCGGGAGGAAGAAGGAGUUGAGACAAGUAGAGGAGCACAUGGCAGAGAAGAAUCUCAGGUUCUCAAAGGAGGAGAAAGAGCAUCACAUGGGCUCAACGCCAAUGACUCGACUGUGAAAAAAGCCAAAGACAGUCGCACGAGGACUAGCAGCAGUGGCCAAAAGCACGAGCGGAGGAACGAGGGCAAGGAUGUAAAAAAGCCCAGGGGGCGCUCCGACGCUCAGUCGCCUGUCCUGAGCUUUGACGAGCAGACAAUGCGUAAUGCCAGGAGGAGGCAGUGGGGCAACAACCAGCACAGAGGCUGCUCCAGGAGGAACCUCAGAGUGGACUUUGCUGAUAUCGGCUGGAGCGAGUGGGUCAUAGCACCCAAGGCCUUUGAAGCCUACUACUGCGCUGGUACAUGUGGAUUUCCCAUGCCCAAGGUGGCAAGGCCGUCCAACCACGCCACCAUCCAAAGCAUAGUCCGAGCCGUCGGGAUCAUCCCUGGGGUUCCCGAGCCCUGCUGCGUCCCGGAGAAGAUGAGUCCUCUGGCCGUGCUCUACCAGGACGAAACCAGGAACCCAGUGCUCAAGGUUUAUCCCAACAUGUCCAUCCAGUCUUGUUCUUGCAGAUAGGAAGAGGAGGAGGACAAAACGGGUGGAUGUAGGGAGAAACUGAAAAAACUAAGGACUAAUGGGGACAGAACCAUACAUCUGUUUGCCGAGCGGUUUCUGGAUCCUGAGAAACAGUGUCAUAGGCUGUAGAGAAAUCACUUCCAUCUCUUUUGUCCUGCGGUAGCAGACUUGAGGAGACACAUUGUUUGGUAUCUGCCGUAGCGAGAGGAACAGAGUCACAUGUAGAGUCAGGGCUCCACAUGUCUCAGAAGCCCAGUUGUUUUGAUUCUGUGUGUGAGAUUAUAUUGGGGAUUUCAUGUACAGGGGCAGGGGUUUUCCUUUCAUCUCAGAAUAUGAUGUUUUUUCAAAGAGCCCACAGUUGAGUUUGUGUUCAUGUUUUCUUUGGACACGAAGGCUAUAGAUGUAAGUCUUUAUCAAUGUGUCAUCAGGCACUGCAAACACAGAGAUCCGAUUAAGAAACAUAUUUCGUCUUUUUUUUUACGUACUAUGUCCAGCUGUUCUUACUUUGGAGCUGAUCACAUGCCACAGUGUACAUACAUGCCACGUUAAUUUGUUUGCAGGACAGAAAGUCUAUUGUACAUUCUCAAGGAAGUAUCCAGUGAAUUGUAGAGAGCAUCUGGAAUUCAUUUACACUCACCACCCCUACAAGAAUAUUAUAAUGAAACCAGAAAAAAAUGAUUCUAUUUUGAAUGUGACACUAAUCUGUCAUGGUUACUAGGUUAUGUAUUAUUAUGUUUUAGAUGAGAUGGUGUACAUGUGUAUUGUUUAAAUUAUGAAAAGGUAAGCCUUCUGUAAGUUAGAAUAAAAAAGUAAUUUAAUCCUA